AUGACAACCCGACUGCCACCCUCCAAUGCACCCCGCCUCUCCACAGCACCAAGCAGCAUCAAACCCCGCCAACUAUCUCACUUACACGCCCAACUCGCGCAGCUUUCAGCCAACCUAGCAGACCUCGAGAACUUGCUUCGAAUGACAAGCGUACAGGCAGAAUCCGUGCGGGGACUGGGUGCUUUUCAUGGCGGACUGUUCAUGGCUGCGAGUAAAGUGCUCGGAGAAGAGACGAUUGCUGGGUCUGCGGGACAGGGACAGGGGCAAGGGCAGCAGCAGAAAGGAAAUGGGAGUGGAAGUGGGAGUGGAAGUGGAAGUGAUACGUGA